AUGUCUUUGCCCCCAAGUAGUCCCUUUUCGGAGGCCCCGCGCAACACAGAGGGGCCUCCCGGCAGCAGUCCUCCCCCUUACCCUCCAGUCUUAGGGGCCACCGGACAUCCUGGGGCCCCCAGCAGCUGUGCCCCAGCUCCUCUCCAGAACCCGGGGACCAUGGCUACUGCACCUGCAGUGUCGGGACAGUUGCAGCCCUUCAUGGACACAGGUGAGCGAGUGCUGAUCCAAUGGGGUGUACCGACGGCUGGAGGCAAUGUUGCUGCUGCUGCAUGGGGGCCCAACCCUUCAUUGCAACAAAAACAACAACAACCAGGAUCCUUUUUUCCCACAGCCUCCACGCCUAAGGACCCCGAGACUCCAUUCGGCCCCCCUCUCGUGCAGGGGCCCCUAGCAAACACCACCGAAGGGCCCACUCCGCCUGUGGGCCCUGCCGCUGUACCUGCUGAGGCAGAUCAGUGGGGCCCCCCUGUGCGUCAGAACCCUUGGGUUGGCCCCCCCACCUCCACAAAUCCUGCAGGAGGUGCAGCAGCAGGAGCGCCUGCUGCUGCACCACCGACGGUUCCCUUGCCUGAGUCAGCAACUCAGCAGCAGCCACAGCAGCAGCCGCAGCUGCCGCCUCCUCAGCAGCAGCAGCUGUCGCCCCCGCAGCAGCAGCGGCAGCACACCCGCCAGCAGCAUGCGCUUAUAGGGGGAGAAGGUGUACCAGGGGGCCCACCUGGGGCCCCUCCAUCAGGGGUGGAAUUUGCUGCAGCAGAGGGAAAGUGGCAGGGGCGGUGGUCCCAAGGGCCUCCAAGCCGCACGCAGCAGCAGCAGCAGCAGCAGCAGCAGCAGCCGGCGAGUGUCGCUUCCAUAGGGUUUGAAGGGGCCCCUCCUGUGGCUGAGGGCCCUGUCUAUAGCCAGGAAGGGCCCCUCAACCCAGCAGCAGCAAAUGCGGAAUUCUUCCGCCCUGUGACAAAUGAGAUGCACCAACACAAUUAUGGUACCUACCAUCUGCCUCCAGAAGGGGGAGGCCCCUUGCAGUUAAGAAACACGGGGCCCCUGGCCUUCAUGCAGUGCGCGGAAGACCCAACCUUCACGGGGCCAGCGGAGGAGCAGCAAACUGCAAAAAGGAAAACGGAAAGCCUUCACACUGAGGGAUCUCAACAUCGGUGGCCAAUAGGGGCCCCUGGACCUAUUGGACCCCCCGGAACAAUAGGGGCCCCUGGGGCUAUGGGGGCCACCGGCGUACUAGCGGUCCCUGGGGCUCCAGCCACUUCAGCGCCCACAGGGGCAGCAUCCAAACUGGACUGCGCCCCUCCGCAGAAUGGGCCGUUAAGGGUUGCUGCUUCUGCAGCGCCUCUGCCGCAGCAGCCGCAACAACAGCAGCAGCAACAGCAGCCAGAGGUGCAGCAGCUGCCAGAACCCGUGGGGAUGGCCGGCAUGGGUGCGUUUCAGCGGAAGGGGGUCCCCCCAAUUGUGAAUGACAGGCAGCAGCAAGGAGAACCUGGGCUAUUCAAAGCCCCCAACUCAAGCUGCGGGGGCCCCCCGGGCCCUUCUUGGGUGGGUCUGCCAGGUGCACAAGGCGUUAUGGGAGGGUCUGUGGGGACCACCCCUUACAUGGGGGCCCCUUACAUGGGAGCCCCAACUCCAGCUUUUUUGAGGGGCCCCAACGGUUUAACUGUCUCGCAGCAGGUGCUGCGAGGGGCCCCUCGUUCGUCUUCAUGGCCUCAGUUGGGGGCCCCUCAGGGGCCCCCAGCCGAUAGUCUUUUGUCUGCUGUUGCUUCGCAGCAAUAUGCGCUGCUGACAGUCAGGGCCUUUCUGUUGGCUUGUGAGGAGCCGGUGGCUCCUCCGUGGAAGCAGAUCGCUGCUUGGGGGCCAUGGCUUUCGGGCCAGCAGCAGGGCCCCCCCCAUGCUGGUCUGCUGGGACCCCAUCGUCGAGGGGGCCUCCAGCAGCCAGCCAGCGGCGCCGUGCUUACCGAGGCCGAGGAGCCAACCCAGGCAGCAGAGGAGGGGGGCCAAGGGGGGCCCCAUGACAAGGCCUCCCCGGAAUGUCCGGAGGAGUCAAGCAUCACUGCAUCGCAUAGAGCAGCAGCUGAUGAGAGCUUGGGUAAACCCGAUCGCAAAAAGAAAAGGGGAGGGGCUCCCCAAGGAGGCCCCGCAUCGAAGAAGGCCGCAAAAAGCCAACGAGCUGCUGCAGGGGAAGGCGCCCUUGUGACUGCCGAAGAUGUAUGGAGGAGCAGCGGGGAAUUGCUGCUGCCAAACAGGUCACCUCCGCUGCCGCUGUCUGCAGUGCAGCAGGCAGACUUGUGUGUCGAGUUGCUGACGGCUUUGGGGCGUCUGCGCCCUCAAUGGCGACGCCGCGGCAACCGGGUGUCUUACCAGCUGCACCUGGCUCGUCUGCGUCCUUCUUUGCUGCUGCCAGCGGCAGCUCCUCCGAGUUGGGUCUUGGAGGGGUAUAGAGCGGCCUUGGGGCCCCUGGUUGCUCACAUAGCGGAGCUGCCGUACGUACACUUGGCCCCAGGAGAAGCAGAAGAAGUGGUAGAGGAGGUGCAGAUGCUCAAGGGGCCUGAAGCUAUAGAUUCGGUGCUGCAUGCGUUAGACGCUUUGGAGCCUUGGGGCCCCCAAGGCAACAGCCAGAUCGAGUUCGAGUCGGAGGCUAUGGAGGCGGAGGCGAUGCGGGACACGGGGGAUCCCAGGCAGCAGUUGCUGAUGCAGCAUCAGCAGCAACAACAGCAGCAAGCGCAGCGGCAGCACCAGCAGCAGCAACAACUACUACAGCAGCAGCAGGCGGAAGCGUCUCGACUGGCGGAUGCGCCUGCAGACGGAGUCAGGGGCUCCUCGGACAGGGAGGUGUUGCUGGCAUAUAAUCCCGAUUUGAAGGUUUUGCGUCAGCUGAACUAUCUUGUCCCAGGGACUCGGGUGUACAUACACCAGGAUGUGCUGGAUAUGAAACUGGCAGAUAUGGGUCUGCCGCCUCUGCCGUCUCCGCCUGCAGGGUCUGCGGAUGGGGGCCCUUCUGCAUCUCGGGGCCCCCUAUCUCGAUUUGUGAUGGCUGAAGCUGGGGAGCGUUACUUUGCUGUGCCAUGUGGGGAAUAUUUGCCUUUGAAGUUGGUGUCCCCCCCUCAGCACCAGUUGCAGUUCUCUGUUGGUCAGGUGGUGCAGUUACUGCAGGAGGGUCGUUUGUGUUUGUUACGUUUCACGGAGCGCGAGGCUCUGAAGCGUCGUUUGCCUCUUCUGGGGGCCCCCUCGGGCCCCCCCAGCGAGACAGCAGGAGGGGGAAGCCAAGGAGCAGCAGUGGGAUUCAAGCCUCAACGAGGCAGCAAACCAGCAUGCUGUCCUGCGCCUGUAGGCAUCGAGAAGAUCUGUCGUUGCAAGUGCAACCAUCGGCGGCAGGAGUUGUGCGGUCAGCUGAAGCAGAGGUUACGUGUAGAUAAGAAGGGGUGCUUAGCAGCAAUUCGUGAUUGUAUAGACUUGAAUCAUGUUGCAUUUUCUUUACCCUCUGCUCGCACCUGUCAACUUGAAGUCCUAGCUUACCUCUUCGGUGUUAACCCGUGGCUGUAUGCAAAGAACAGGCACGAAGCACCCCCUGAGGCCGAAGUGGCAAGCAUUGUGCGGCGGUACAAGGAGCUGGUGAGUACGAAAGAAUAUGAACAGGUCUUUAAAGCCUGGUUGGAAGAACAGGCACGGGAGAAAUCGCUGCAGCAGGAAAUCACUGCAGAUAUCACUGCUAUUGGUCUUAAUCUUAAGGAUACAGAUGCUGGCUGCCUCAAUGCAGCUGCCAAUACACCCCAACAAGACCCAAGGGUACAGGCUAGCAUUGCCCAACUCGUACCCAAUACCCCCAUCUGUGUCCGCUUCAAGGCUCUCUUGGGGCUCCCCUCCGGCAACGAGCAACACCUACGCGGGGUUGUACGCCGCGCGCAGAUACUGCCACGAGGUCGCGCCAUCAGUCUUGCCAUUAACAACAGGAAAGAAGAAUUCGUUCUCCUUCCUGAAGAACUGCAAACUCUCGUUGCACAUGACGACCUGAGGCUUGUGCGCAUGCGGUCCCGUCAGUGGUUCGCCUACGAGGCCCACGCAGCGGGGGCCCCCUCCGCCGCCUCCGGGGCCGCAGGGGCCCCGGGGGGCCCUUCUUCAGACCACCAAUGGGCAUCCCCUACCCAAGACGACAGCUGGAAAGGGGGAGAAACCCAGUCCUGA